AUAAACUUCAUCGGUAGCUAGGGUUUUAGCUGAUUCUCUUGCGACGGAACCACAAGAGGAGAAGAAACCUAGAAGAGGAGCCAAAAUCCUCUCUUUCUUUGGAAUUAGGGUUUCCUCAAAGGGAGUGAAGUGAAAAUGGUUGCGGAUAAGAGCAAGAAGUCGAAAAUUGAAGAGAAAGUCGAAGAAGAAAACUUGGAGCAAAUCGAUGAAAAGCUUGUUCUCUCAAUUGAGAAGCUUCAGGAGAUUCAAGAUGACCUCGAGAAGAUUAAUGAAAAGGCCAGUGAUGAGGUCUUGGAAGUGGAGCAGAAAUAUAAUGUGAUACGGAAACCUGUCUAUGACAAGCGUAACGAAGUUAUCCAAUCGAUUCCAGACUUUUGGAUGACUGCUUUUUUGAGUCAUCCUGCAUUAGGUGACCUCUUGACUGAAGAAGACCAAAAGAUUUUUAAGUACUUGAACUCUCUGGAAGUGGAGGAUGCCAAAGAUGUGAAAUCUGGAUACUCUAUAACUUUUCACUUCAAUUCCAAUCCGUUCUUUGAGGAUGCCAAGCUUACUAAGACGUUUACCUUCCUCGAAGAAGGAACAACAAAAAUCACUGCAACUCCUAUCAAGUGGAAGGAGGGCAAGGGCUUGCCAAAUGGAGUGAACCAUGAUGAUAAGAAAGGAAACAAACGUGCAUUGCCAGAGGAGAGUUUCUUUACUUGGUUUACUGAUGCUCAACAUAAGGAAGAUGCUGGGGAUGAGAUUCAUGAUGAGGUUGCUGAUAUUAUCAAGGAAGAUCUGUGGUCCAACCCUCUCACCUACUUCAACAAUGACGCUGAUGAAGAGGAUUUUGAUGGAGAUGAUGACGGUGACGAAGAGGGAGAAGAUGACGACGAGGACGAUGAUGAAGAGGAGGAAGUUGGUGAGGAAUGAUGGGAGCCCAAGAUAACACAUUGCUGGCUUGCUUCUAUAGAUGUGUAAAGUUUGUGUUAUGAGGUUCUCAAUUUUAGCAAUGAUGAGACUAAGCUAUCUCUUUUGGAAUAUUUAGUUUAUUUACUAUCAAUAGCUACAUUCUGUUUGUACGAACCAUUUCAUCAGCCAUGUCCUAAAUCUUGCCGCAGCUACAUCUGUUU